UUGCUUUUGUGCAAAAUGAAAUUAUAUAAAAUUUAUUUCAGAUGGUUCAGAGGAAACAGACUCAACCGGUCAUCCCUCAGAGGAAACCAAUACGUCCUAUUGAACGCCAGAAAAUGCGGCCAUGGUUGGUCAAUCUUCUAAAUAAUGAGAAUAUCCUGGGAUUUUCUUGGGAGUCCCGGGAGCGUGAGACAUUCCGGAUCUCGUGGAGACACGCCGCCAGACAAGGCUGGGAUCCCGAGGUGGACGCCGGGCUGUUCGAACGAUGGGCUAAACAUACGGGAAAAUUUGUGGAGGGUGAUGAACCUGACCCUAAAAGAUGGAAGGCCAACUUUAGGUGUGCGUUAAACAGUCUCCCUGAUGUCAAACAGCUCAAAGAUCAAGGACAGAGGAAGGGCAAGGACGCAUAUAAAGUAUACCAGUUCCUAAGCGAGAAGAAAGCCGUCCACAAGCACAAAGCUACAGAGCGAACCUCUGUACCAAAAAUAACUCAGACCAAAACGAAGAGGAGCCUGAGAGCCCGUAAUGCCAAGAGAAUCUCCUAUAGGAAGAUGGUAGAGAUGGACAGUGAAGGCGAGGAUGAAGAGUCUUCAUCAGACUUCAUCAUGUCUGAAUCCGACAGUUCAGCUUCUGUGGGGAAUGACACUCCAGAGAGAAUGGAUGACAUAUCGUCAGACAAUGAGCCAAUAUUUGAGGAGAGUCUAGAAACGCGCCUCCCAGAUUUCAACAAAAUCUGUAAAUCCACAGAUCUAACAACUCUCCACCUGCCCCCAGAGAAGGACCUCAGAGCCCAUGUGCCCUGUUCUUACCCCAGUACCAACAAUCUUUUCCAGUCCCUCACACAGGAAGUCCCCUCAGUUGGAGGGACCAGGGAUGAUGAGUCCGCCUCGACCACCAGCAGCACACUAACUGAUGAAGAACUGAUACAGCUGGUUAUGGAAGCCGAGGUCCAAACACCGGAAGCUGAAUACACCGACUUGUGGGGCAGUGGACUUCCGGUGCCACAGGAGGUUGCCUACGUUGAUGCUAUAAUUGAAGAGGGUGAUACGACAUAUUUAGUUUUAGACAAUGUUGAAAAUGAAGUUGUGAUCACGGAUACCCCCGCUGUGCGCUGUGAACAGAUCACAAAUGGAGAGGUCAUGCAAUACACUGGGUUAACUGAUCUCUCACAGCUAUGAACU